AUGACAGCAAUUUCCUUUCCAACAUGCAUUGUUCUAGCUUGCAUCCUAUCAUUCAUGAUGGAGGACACUUCAGGCUUUCUAUUAUCCGAAAUGAUCUUUGGAGUCAUUGUUUUUCUGACAUACUUUGGUCUAGUGGAAUCGAAGAAUCAUCGAGGAGAGGACGCUAAUACGCUGAGCGACAUCACCAAAUCCGAGGCCAAGUCUACAACGAAGGAUGUUCUCCAAAUAUAUUCACGUACACGGGAAGAAGAGCAGCGUAAAAAGAUGAUGGCUCAAGCCGAAGCAGAGCUAGCUCUGAAACAAUCUGAAAUGCAAACUCAAGAAAAGGAACGAAUUCGUAGGGAAACGGAGGCGGAAGCCAAGACAAGGGCAGAGCAUGAAGCUCAAGAAGCUCGACGAUUAAAGCAAAUCGAAGACGCCAGGCUACAGGCAGAAAUGGAACAAGCUGAACGAUUAAAGGAAGCAGAAGAAGCCAAGAGAAGAGCGCUGGAAGAAGAGCGGAUUCAAAACGAGCUCGAAGAAGCAGCAAGAUUACAAGCGGAAGCUAAAGAAGCGGCAAGAUUGCAAGCCGAAUGGGAGGAAGAAUCUAGAAAACAAGCCGAAGCAGAGGCAAAGCGGAAAGCUGAAGAGGCAGCGUCUCGUAUUCAAGCACUCGAAGAAGAGACACGAAAACUUGAGCAAAUUGAAGCAGCGCGAGCUCGUGCUGAAGCAGACCAGGCUGCCAGACUACAAGCGGAAGCGGAAUCCAAAGUAAGAGCUCAAGAGGAAGAGUCUGUCCGACUAAAGGCAGAAGAAAAAGAACGCUUGCUGGCGGAACAAAAGCUGAAGGACGAAACGGAUGAUGAAAUGGAUCUUGAGGAUAUUAAGAUUAAAACCAACAAAAGCACCCUUGACAGCACAUUCCAUGGCAGUAUGGGAUAUCUGGCAGAUACCGACGCUGGAGUCAAUGCAGCGCUGUCUAUGAGAGUUCGCGUCCUGAAUGAAACGACAGGGCGUGCGAAAGAUGUCGUGGUGCCGGUGACAUCCGACUUGACUAUCGAAGAAGCCAUUUAUAACAAUCUCAAGGUUCGGGAAGCUGGUGUUCGUAAAUGGUCAAAAGAUAUUGUACAAGAGGUCAAGCAGAAACGAUCCGAAGUCGUGUGUUUGUUGCUGGACCCAAAGACUGUGAAUGUCAUUCACACUUAUUCGAUUGCAGACAUGAAAGAAACUUCCACAGAGGCCAUGCAUAUGUUGGCAUCUCCAGAAGUGGACCAAUCGGUCCGAAUGAUUCUGACUUGUCGAAAAAUUAAUGAAGCGCAACCCUUGGAUUCGGAACCCCUCGUAGUCUCUGACCACGAACAGGAUGUCGAGGAUGUCGACAAAAGUGGCUUCUUGAGCAUUAGCGAUGAUGACAUGUCAUUCGCCAACAAUGAGUUGGACUCAAAAGAUGAGGUGGACCCCAAAGUUUCUUCCCGAGGUGUCGACGUGAGACUGUCAGAAGAGGCUGAAAAUGAUACGACGGAUGAUGGGCCCGCAAAAGAACGAAAGAAGCAACAAAACGAGCGGGCAAGCAGUCCCAAAGGAAACGAAAGUGUAGAGGAUGAUGGGGGACAUAGCGUCUCAGAUGGUUCUACGUUCUCUUCUCGUUCCCUCGAGGAAAAGAGGCGCAGGAAAAGAGAGCUGGAGGCGAGGCGCCUCUCCAUUUCGCCGUCUGUAGGUACGGCACCGCAAGCUGCAGGUGGCUUUUCUCUUGGCAGAUUCUUUUCACGGCAAGAGAACCGAGAAAAAUCACCCGAAUAA